AACUCCUUUUGGGCAGGGUGAAUGUCAGAUGGUCCGACUUCUGUAACUGGGGACAUAAAUCACUAAAGACUGAGAGAAGCCUUCGCUCCACUCGCACCUUUUCAUCUCCCAAAGGGCUGUGCAUGUCUAAUAUUUAGACAUGUUCAGCUUGCUGGAUUCAAGGACUGUACUGCUACUUGCAGCAACCCAAGUUUGUCUAUUAGCCGUUGUGAGAUGUCAGGAUUAUGACCAGGAGGAUGCUUUUAGCUGUGUACAAGACGGGCAGAGUUAUGGCAACCAGGACAUAUGGAAACCAGAGCCUUGUCGCAUCUGUGUGUGCGACAGUGGGACAAUUCUGUGUGACGAAAUUGUCUGCGAGGAGCUAAAAGACUGCCCCAAACCUGAAAUCCCAUUCGGAGAGUGUUGCCCCAUCUGCGCUGCUGACCCAUCUUCACCUUCUGGAGUACCUGGAGCUAAGGGUCAGAAGGGAGAACCUGGAGACAUUACAGAUGUUGUAGGACCAAGAGGACCAUCUGGCCCAACGGGCCCACCAGGAGAGCAAGGACCCCGCGGACCAAGAGGAGAGAAAGGAGAGAAGGGAAGCCCUGGUCCUCGUGGCAGAGAUGGUGAACCUGGUACCCCUGGAAACCCCGGACCCCCUGGACCUCCCGGACCUAACGGACCCCCUGGCCUUGGUGGGAACUUUGCGGCUCAGAUGUCUGGAGGUUUUGAUGAGAAGGCUGGCGGCGCUCAGAUGGGUGUGAUGCAAGGACCAAUGGGCCCCAUGGGACCCAGAGGACCACCUGGCCCCUCCGGAGCACCUGGCCCACAAGGUUUCCAAGGCAGCCCAGGAGAGGCCGGAGAGUCUGGACAAUCUGGCCCCAUGGGUCCCCGUGGCCCCUCGGGACCUCCUGGAAAACCUGGAGAUGAUGGUGAGCCUGGCAAACCAGGAAAAUCAGGUGAACGUGGACCUACUGGACCUCAGGGCGCUCGUGGAUUCCCAGGAACUCCUGGUCUUCCAGGUAUCAAGGGACACAGAGGUUACUCAGGUCUCGAUGGUGCAAAGGGAGAAACAGGCGCUCUCGGUGCUAAGGGGGAAUCUGGUGCUCCUGGAGAGAGCGGUGCACCUGGACCCAUGGGCCCCCGCGGUUUACCUGGCGAGAGAGGACGCCCUGGACCCUCUGGAGCUGCUGGAGCACGUGGAAAUGAUGGCUUGUCUGGUCCUGCUGGUCCUCCCGGUCCGGUUGGUCCAGCUGGAGCUCUAGGCUUCCCUGGCUCUCCUGGUUCAAAGGGAGCCCCCGGUGAGCGCGGACCCUCAGGAGCCAGUGGUCCCAAAGGUGCCACUGGAGACCCCGGCCGUCCUGGAGAGUCUGGUCUUCCUGGAGCCAGAGGCCUGACGGGUCGUCCUGGAGACGCUGGACCUCAGGGCAAAGUUGGACCCUCUGGAGCUCCUGGUGAGGAUGGCCGUCCAGGCCCCCCAGGCCCCCAGGGAGCCCGUGGACAGCCUGGUGUCAUGGGAUUUCCUGGACCCAAAGGAGCAUCUGGCCUGCCUGGCAAGUCAGGUGAGAAAGGACUGGCUGGAGCUCCUGGUCUAAGAGGUCUGCCUGGCAAAGAUGGAGAAACCGGCUCCGCUGGACCCCCUGGCCCUGCUGGUCCUGCUGGGGAGAGAGGAGAGGUGGGACAACCUGGUCCAUCAGGCUUCCAGGGUCUUCCUGGACCUCCUGGACCUCCUGGAGAAGGAGGCAAGCCUGGAGACCAGGGUGUUCCUGGAGAGGGUGGACCUGCUGGUGCAACUGGACCCAGAGGAGAGCGUGGUUUCCCUGGAGAGAGAGGAGCUGCUGGCCCUCAAGGUCUGCAGGGACCCAGAGGCCUGCCUGGAACUCCUGGAACCGAUGGACCCAAAGGAGCCAUUGGACCUGCUGGUGCUGCAGGAGCUCAGGGGCCCCCGGGCCUGCAGGGUAUGCCUGGAGAGAGAGGAGGUGCUGGCAUUCCAGGACCCAAAGGAGACAGAGGUGACGUUGGAGAGAAGGGGCCUGAAGGUGCUCCCGGCAAAGAUGGUGGCAGAGGUCUCACUGGUCCCAUCGGUCCUCCUGGACCUUCUGGUCCAAACGGUGAGAAGGGAGAAUCUGGGCCUACUGGACCUUCUGGAGCUGCUGGUGUUCGCGGUGCUCCUGGUGACAGAGGAGAGACUGGACCUCCUGGACCUGCUGGGUUUGCUGGACCUCCUGGUGCUGAUGGUCAGCCUGGAACCAAGGGAGAGCAGGGAGAGUCUGGACAGAAGGGAGAUGCUGGUGCCCCUGGACCCCAAGGACCAUCUGGUGCCCCUGGACCUGCAGGUCCUACAGGAGUUUCUGGACCUAAAGGUGCUCGUGGUGCUCAGGGACCUCCUGGUGCUACUGGUUUCCCAGGAGCUGCUGGCCGAGUUGGACCUCCUGGUCCCAAUGGUAAUCCUGGACCUUCUGGUCCUGCCGGGCCUCCUGGUAAAGAUGGACCCAAAGGUGUAAGAGGAGAUUCUGGACCUCCAGGAAGACAGGGUGACGCUGGGCUUCGUGGUUCUGCGGGAACUCCUGGAGAGAAAGGAGACGCUGGAGAGGAUGGUCCUCCUGGUCCACCAGGUCCCUCAGGUCCUCAGGGAUUGGCUGGUCAGCGCGGUAUUGUUGGUCUGCCUGGACAGCGAGGUGAAAGAGGCUUCCCUGGUCUGCCUGGACCUUCUGGUGAACCUGGCAAGCAAGGAGCUACUGGUGGUGCUGGAGACCGUGGACCCCCUGGACCUGUUGGACCUCCUGGACUCACUGGACCUGCAGGGGAACUUGGCAGAGAGGGUAACCCUGGCUCUGACGGACCUCCGGGUAGAGAUGGAGCUGCUGGAAUCAAGGGCGAUCGUGGUAACACUGGUCCUGCAGGUGCUCCAGGUGCUCCUGGUGCUCCUGGUGCUCCAGGUCCAGUGGGACCCACCGGCAAGCAGGGAGACAGAGGAGAGUCUGGUGCACAAGGACCUGCUGGGUCUCCAGGUCCUGCUGGAGCCAGGGGAAUGCCUGGACCCCAAGGACCUCGUGGUGACAAGGGAGAGGCUGGAGAGUCUGGUGAGAGAGGACAGAAAGGACACAGAGGUUUUACUGGACUGCAGGGUCUCCCUGGACCCCCGGGUCAGUCUGGAGACCAGGGCGCUACUGGACCUGCUGGACCUGCUGGACAAAGAGGCCCACCUGGACCUGUUGGCCCUGGUGGAAAGGAUGGUUCAUUUGGUCAGCCAGGACCCAUCGGUCCUCCAGGACCUCGUGGUCGCUCUGGAGAAAGUGGCCCUGCUGGUCCACCUGGAAACCCUGGACCCCCUGGUCCACCCGGUCCUCCCGGCCCUGGUAUUGACAUGUCUGCCUUUGCUGGUCUUGGUCAAACCGAGAAGUCGCCCGAUCCUCUCAGGUACAUGAGGGCUGACCAGGCUGCUGGAAAUCUCCGUCAGCACGACGCCGAGGUUGACGCCACGCUCAAAACUCUCAACAACCAGAUUGAAAACAUCCGUAGCCCGGAGGGAUCCAAGAAGAACCCCGCUCGCACCUGCAGAGACCUGAAGCUGUGCCACCCUGACUGGAAGAGCGGCGAGUACUGGAUUGAUCCUAAUCAGGGCUGCACUGUAGAUGCAAUCAAGGUCUUCUGCAACAUGGAGACAGGAGAGUCCUGCGUCUACCCCAAACCUGCCAAAGUCCCUCGCAAGAACUGGUGGUCCAGCAAGAGCAAAGACCGCAAACACGUCUGGUUUGGCGAGACAAUGAAUGGAGGAUUCCAAUUCAGUUAUGGUGACGACAGCCUGGCGCCCAACACUGCUGCCAUUCAGAUGACGUUCCUGAGACUUUUGUCCACAGAGGCGUCACAAAAUCUCACUUACCACUGCAAGAACAGCGUGGCCUACAUGGACGCUUCAACUGGCAACCUGAAGAAGGCCGUGCUGCUGCAGGGCUCCAACGACGUGGAGAUCAGAGCCGAGGGCAACAGCCGCUUCACCUACAGCGUCAUGGAGGACGGAUGCUCGAGACACACAGGACACUGGGGCAAGACAGUGAUCGAAUACAGGUCGCAGAAGACCUCUCGCCUGCCCCUUGUGGACAUUGCCCCCAUGGAUAUUGGUGGAGCAGACCAGGAGUUUGGAGUCGACGUCGGGCCAGUCUGUUUCUUGUAAAAGCACAAGUAGUCAAACAAGAGAAAGAAGAAGUGGAAAUUUUAGGAAAGAAUAAA